AUGAAGAAAACGACCUUGUGGAGAAAUAAUACCACGGGACAAAAUGAAAAAAAUUCUACAUCUCAUACUGUCAAUCGAGGCAGUCGACGUAGUUCAGGCAGUGCGACACCUGAAGGGGACGAAAAAUUACCACCAGGAUGGACACGGAAAGAGAGCAAGUCACAGAAAGGUCGAUACUAUUAUAUCUCUCCUGCUGGCAAGACGCAGUGGGUACCACCUCCUUCUAAAAUUCCAGUUGCAAAGAUUAAGAAAACAUUUAACUGGCUAAGCGAAGUGGAGAUUUGUUUUCAGGAAGGUCGACUGGGUGUAAGUUUACGUGAAGUUCAUCAGAUGGAGACGAUCUUGUACCCUCAAUUUCAAGCUGAAGUAGACGAUUUGCCUAAAAUUAAUGGUAAAGCCGGCCCUGCAGAGCUUCAUAAUUGGAGUGUCAAGCCACACAAACGUCUGACGAUCGGCAUGCGAGUUAUUAGUAUUGAAGAUACAUCGCUGGCCGGAUUGACAUAUAAAGAAGUGGUGCAAAAGUUAAAAACGGCGUCUCGACCGGUACGUAUAAAGUUUGCUGACGUGCAAAAGGGAACUGUGGAAGAGAAUGGUGGACGUAAGUCGGGUGGGGACAGCGCUAGUAAUGGAACCGCCAAUGAUCUAGCAGCAUCUGGGUACGGACAGUCGGCUGCAUACAUGCAACAGAAGGAGGAGUAUACGCGUGUGCUUGUGGUAGGAGAGCUCCAUACUGAAAUGUGGACAAUUGAGAACAAAAAGUUGUUACGAUCGUUGAUGAGCAUGCAGCACAAGUGGAGUACUGUGUCGAGCGAGUUUGAUAUCCUGAACACGAAACGAAUGGAGCUGCGGAAAGAGAACGAGGUGAUGAAAAGUGACAAGGAAAAGUACAAAGUCAUGAUGAAAAACCUUAAGCUUCAGGCGACUUAUGCUAUAGAGAAUCCGGAGCUUGUGCGAGCGAAUGAGCUUGCCAAGCGAAACACAGAGCUAAACGAUGACAUUUUGAAGAUGAGUUCUGGUAAUAAGCGAUUGCGAAAAGAGAGGGAUACACUGCAGGCCCAGCUAGAUGAACUGGAGAAACAGCUUACAAGUGUGGAGAAGAAAGAUAAAGACGAAGAGGAGGAUCGCGUACCGGAGGAGGAUAUUUUUGGAAUCGAGCCCUUGGCCUCGCCGAAGGAGCAGCUGUCAGCAAUAAAGAAAAAGAGACGCGGGCUUGAAGACGAGUUGAACAAGGAACAGCGCAAGGCCAACAAGGUACAGAAAGAGAUGGAGCAGCUGACGAAGCAUUACACCAGUCUUGGAAACGAGGAGUCAGGGCUUAGCUCUUUGACCUCUCACCAAUCGCAGAGUGAUGAAAAGGACAAGAAUGCGCAAGUCUCAGGCGGUCAAAAUGAUAAGACGAGUAGUAGCGGUAAUGGCGCAAACAAGGCUAGGCUGCUCAGUCAGGUGACCAAAAAGCUGGCCAAGGAAUGUCAACGGCGGCGCCAAAAGAUUAAGGACGAGCUCAAGGAUGCACAAGACGAGCUUCAUCGACUUAAAACACAUGGCAAAACAGGAGCACCUUCUACGCGAUCUGAAUCUACUCGCAAAGAGAAGGCUUCGGCGGAAGCUGCAACCGCGUCAAAUCGUCACGUUUCGUCGUCGUCCUCGAAAAAAUCGAAGCGGUCAGGGUCGAUUCACAAGGACACAUUAAGUCCGUCAACCCCUGACACAAGCAGUGACACUACGGGUAGCUCACGUGCAGGAAAAAUGCCGACGCUAAGUGGCUUCUUGGAAAAGGGUCCAACGGAAUGGGCUGACCGUGGUCUCAUUAGCGGCAUGAAGACCAUGCGUGGUGCCCGUGAGCGAUGGUGUGUGAUCACCGCCGAUGGGUUCCUCAAAUACUACAAGCGUCGUGGUGACUCAGUCGUGCGCGGUGAAAUUAACCUUGGUGAGAAGAGUUUUGAGGUCCUCGCAGACGACCUACGACACGGAAAGGAGUUUGUGCUGAGUACAGAUGAGCAGCAGUCUCACUUCUUUACGAAAAGUUCACAGGAGCUUAACAACUGGGUGAAAACGCUACGUGCUGCAAAUGCCUAUUUGCUCAAUGCUGCUGCUCCACCGCUGCCUCCAUCACGAUCGACACGGGGUAGUGGUGACAAGCAUGCGCGUACCCGUAACGACAGUAAACAAGCGAAGGAGUUCAAUAUUGACGGACUAGAAGAUUCCUUGCCCGAAGAGGACGAGCAAUUUUAUGGGCGUGCUACCUUGGGCUUUUAA